AAUAAAGAGAAAAAGGGCCGACGUGUCAGAACGAAGAUAACAAAAAAGGAUCAAUACCCGCCAAUGGUAGCCACAUCCAGAACCCCACUGCCCACUCAAAACCUCUCCACAGCCUCAAACUUCAAUCCAGAAAUCCGCUCCCAUCCCAUGUCUACCUUCGUCGCCAGCGGCGGCAAUGGUGCCGGAGCUAUCUCCGCAGCCACCUCCGUACAGCGCCAUAAGUCGUCUAACUACUUCCCCCACCGUGGUGGCGUCCGGCUUCCCCUGCCGCUCUCCCCCAGGAGAUCUCACCUCCUCCACAUAGUCUCCGCCAAGGGUCGGCGGGGCUCCAUCAAAACCACCGAGAAGUUGGGGGAGAAACGGAACACGACCUCUGAUCCGGUCGAGUUCGGCUCCUCCCCAGACGGCGUUGAGAGCAGCGCUGGUUUAAGCAAUAGUAGUGUUGUUGACGACGGUUUUGUGAUGCCGAAGCUCCCAGGGGACGAAAAGGACUUCUGGGAAGGCCCGCAGUGGGAUACUCUCGGCUUCGCCGUCGAGUAUUUGUGGGCUCUGGGUAUUGUUUUCUCGUUGAUAGCCUGUGGCGUUGCUGUGGCUACAUACAACGAAGGAGCGACUGAUUUCAAGGACACUCCGGCAUACAAAGAGUCCACCCAGACAGGGGAUGUUUUGGAAGAACCUGGUGAAUCUGUUUUCGAGUCCAAUCCAACUGAAGAAGCACCUAGUUUGGAUUAAGCCACCUCUGUAAAUCCGAUGUGAAGAAGAAUGAAAAGAGUGUCCUGGAUCCUCCAUUAAUUGGCGCUCGACGGAAAGAAAAUGACUAAUAGUCUAUAAGGUUACGAAAACGAAUUAUUGCUCGUCUAUAUACUGCGCUUAAAGGUUUUGCUGCUGCUGCAAGCACUUCACUCUGUGCCCUAGCUAGCUGUUUUAUGAGAUGCAGCUUCAUAAAGAUCUUGGGUGGGUUGUUUACACUAAAGCGUACGCAUUUGGCUAUCGGAUAGUUGUAAUUGCUAGACAAUCGUGGUGUUGCACAACUGGACGCUGAGAUACGCUGGAUUUAUAGUAGAAUCGAGUUACUUUCCUUUAGUUACUAGCAA